CAGAAGAGACCUUAGGUCACAAUGAUUGUCCUAUAAAUAAGACACUAUUUGUAACAAGAAAAGACAGUGGUUAAUAUCCAGAGGAUCAGAGAAUUAUUCACAGCGUAUACUUUCGUUCGUAGUUCUCUUCGUAAACUUUCGUUCGUUAGUCAUAGUUCUUUGCGUAUACGUUCGUUGGUUGUUCGUAGCUCAUCGUCUGUACGUUCGUCAUUUCUCCCUGUAACUAACCGAUCUCGUUCGUCGUUAAUAAAGAAGUUACUUCGUUCUCCUCGAAAAUCCUAUAGUUAUUCGUUGUUACAACCUCGGUACAAACAAUUGGCGCCCACCGUGGGGCUAGUUCGAAGCUUUUCUUUGGAUGAACGACAUUGAUGUCCCAAGAAGAUCAAGACGACAUGACGGACACCUCAAGCGAUCAAGGAACAGACACGAGCGUACAACCAAAGCCCGACACGAUGGUGCUACCUCUGGAGAACCCAGCGGCCGCUCGAGCCGAAUCACAUCUUAUGCGUACCGAACGACAUCCAGCCGCACCUGCCACCGUAGCAGCAGUAGCAGCAGCCGAAGUAGCAGACGCUGCCAACAACGCCGCCCUCGGACAUGCCGUAGCAGCCAACCGAGGCACCAACCUAGAUGACCUUAUGCAAACCAUCUUGGACCGACUGGAUGGUCAAGACGCGCGGACGACCGAACGGAUUGACGCUCUCAUAGCUGCGCAAGUUGCCGCCCAAGCUCAAAUCGAACGAAUCCGACGACGUAGGCGUGACUCUCAACAUCGCGACGACCAGGAAGGACUGCCGUCUCCACGCACCCCUCAUCGCGACGACAAGGAAGGACUGCCGUCUCCACGCACCCCUGCUGCCGAACGCUCAGAGAACCAAUGCCGCCGGCCGGCGUCGAUUAUCAUAGGAUCUGUCGACGAGCAUCCUCGCGAAGGCUUGCCGCACGGCCAUACCUUGCCAAGCAGCCGAAGUCUCCAAAACCAACAUGCUGAGAGUAGCGACCCAACGCGCGAUCUGGAGCUGGAACGUAUGAACACAAUACUGAAGGAAAUGUCAUCCAAAAUGCACCGAGCCACCAGCUCCGCGCCAGAACUGGAGAAGGUACUGGAGGAGAUGCAGGGGUCACCCUUCACAACACGCAUCUCAGAAGUACGCGUCCACCAUGUCAAAAACAAGGUCAAGCUUAUUCCCUACAACGGUCUCACUGACCCGAAGCCUUUCCUGAAGUCUCUUAGUAUUGCGAUCAACUGCGCCCAUUUCUCUGCUGUGGAGCGUGACGCUGGUAGC